AUGCAUCUCGCAAGACAAUUCCUAGCACCCGCAAUAUGGCUGGCCUGGUCCAUAGGCGGGUUUGUGCAGGAUUGCAUGGGAUACGCCGUCCCCCGGUCUGACGUCCCGCCCAAGGAAGGGGAGUGUAGGCAGACCACGGUUGCGAUUUUGGGAGCCGGAAUGGCGGGGAUUACAGCCGCUCAAGCCCUAUCAAACGCCUCCAUCACGGAUUUUCUCAUCGUCGAGUACCAAGAUGACAUCGGGGGCCGGGUGAAACACGCCAAUUUUGGGAAAAAGGAAGACGGGUCGUCUUACGUCGUCGAGCUAGGGGCGAAUUGGAUUCAAGGUCUUGGGAGACCUGGUGGGCCGGAUGCUAACCAUGACGAUGUAUAUCCAGAGAAUCCCGUCUGGACAUUGGCUAAGAAAUACAACCUGACCAACACGUACUCCAACUACAGCUCCAUCUCGACAUACAACGAGACCGGCUUCUCCGACUACAGCGCCCUGCUGGACUCCUUCGAUGACGCAUAUGUCAUCGCCGCCGCACAUGCCGGGUCCAUUCUGAAGCAGAACCUCCAGGACCAAACCGCCCGGGCGGGACUCGGCCUGGCAGGCUGGAAGCCGAAGAAGAACAUGGCUGCGCAGGCGGUCGAGUGGUGGGAGUGGGACUGGGAGAGCGCCUACCCGCCCGAAGAGAGCUCGCUCGUCUUCGGCAUCACAGGCCAGAAUCUCACCUACAACCAGUUCAGCGACGAGAACAACUUCGUCCUCGACCAGCGCGGCUUCAACACCAUCAUCAAGCAGGAAGCGGCGACCUUUCUCCGUCCGGGGGAUCCUCGCCUCCUGCUCAACACCCGCGUGACCAACAUCAGCUAUUCCGACGACGGCGUGACGGUCCUCAACAGCGACGGGAGCUGCAUCCGCGCGGCGUACGCCAUCUGCACUUUUUCACUGGGCGUGCUGCAAAACGACACCGUCUCGUUCAGCCCGGAGCUACCCGACUGGAAACGAACCGCCAUCGCGACGUUCCAGAUGGGCACGUACACCAAGAUCUUCCUCCAGUUCAACGAGACCUUCUGGCCGACGGACCGGCAGUUUCUGCUGUAUGCCUCGCCGACGACCAGGGGUCACUACCCAGUGUGGCAGUCCCUCUCUACGGACGGGUUUCUGCCGGGGUCGAACAUCCUCUUCGUCACGGUCGUCAACACCGAGUCGUAUCGCGUAGAGAAGCAAUCGGACGAGCAGACAAAAGCCGAGGUGCUGGCCGUGCUGCGCCAGAUGUUUCCCGACGUCGACGACAUCCCCGAGCCGAUUGACUUCCUCUAUCCGCGCUGGAGUACCGAGCCCUGGGCCUACGGCAGCUACUCGAACUGGCCGCCGGCGACGACGCUGCAGAUGCACGAGAACCUGCGCGCCAACGUGGGCCGGCUGUGGUUUGCGGGCGAGGCGACGAGCGCGGCGUACUUUGGGUUUCUGCACGGCGCGUGGUUCGAGGGACGAGAUGCCGGGCUGCGGAUUGCAGGAGAGAUCCUAUCAUCAAACUGCUCGGUUUCUGAUGCAGCUUGCGGGGACAGGCGGCAUUAUGACGUCCUGCACGGCGUGACGCCGUUGGAUGAGUAUAGUGUUGUCAAUGGGUGGCCUGCAGAGUCGACAGCUAAUAUAAACUGA